AUGUUGAAGGAUACGGUGGGACCGUUUGCUGCGGAUGACACCAGGAGGUCGCUGGAGAAGAAGUUGGCUUUGUUGAGCUUCCGGACCCUGGAGGACAAUGCGUCAGGGGAGGCAAGUGCUACAGAGCGAGGGAAAGAGAAAGAGGCUGAGGGUGACGCGCCGGCUGCUGAAGUCCGUGUGGAUCCUGUGGAGGAAGAUGAUGAAGAUGAGAUAGAAGACGAUGGUUAUUUGAGCGACGAUCCGGAGGAGCGUCUGGAUCCUGUUCGAGCCGGGGAGAUCGCGGCACUUGCGGGUUACACGCUUACCCUUUUGAUUCCGGUGGAGUUUGAGAAGGAGGUCCCGCGAACCAUGGAUACAAUGAAGGAGUUGCUGAUUGUGUGGAAGAAGGCGCUGUCGCCGCAUGCGCAGAAGACAACGAAGAUGCAGACCCUGCUGUCGGCUUACCUGUCGAAGAAGCGUUUUGGGAGGAUGCAGGUUACCUUCCGGGAGGCCGCGGAUGCGAACUACGUCUGGUGCCGGCGUGUGGAACACAUUUGCGCGGAUGGGAAGACUAAGCUGAUCCUGAACUGGCAGCAUCCGGAGAACCCGCUGUACAUCAAGGAGCGCGCGCAGAACAAGGAGGCUGUGGAGGUGCUGCUGAAGGAGGUUCCCGCUGAGAUCUCGCCGGAUAUGAUCUACAAGCUCCUCGUCACUACACCGCUGGAGAAGCGUGGCCGUCCACCGUACCAGGUUGGCGCGGCUUUUCAUCGGGAAGCGUGUGUGAAGGCGAAGGGGUCCAGUUUCUCUCAGGCGAUGUCCCAUGUGCGCUCUGUCCAGCACUGCACCGCGAUCCUGAAAGGGGGGGAUGCUACGCGUGCAAGCAGGGGGAAGGUGAACCUGACGGCGAUCCGCAAGGAGUUCGCGCUGUGA